CGUUUCUCCUGUAGUGUCUAGAAUUAUUUCGAUAAUUCUUUUUAAAGCUGUUUGUGUGAAAUGGAUUUCAGCGAAGAAAAUGUUUGUUUGAUCGAUUCAGAAGAACCUGAGACCAAGCUCAAGACACGAAAGCCUUCCAAGUCUCGCUUUCUUUCGUAUAUAUCAAUUUUACUGGUAUUACUGCUGCUUACUUUGACCGCAGCCUUCAUUGUACUGUAUGUGGAGAAGGAGACGGAUUCAUCAUGUGAAUCUGGUAGUAGGAGAUGUACAUCUUCUGGCUGUUUCGCUAGUGCUGCAGGCAUCUUAGAAAAGCUUAAUCAAUCGACAAAGCCAUGUGAUGAUUUUUAUCAGUACAGCUGUGGAGGAUUCAUAAAAAGAACUCAUCUAGGAGCAAAUGAAACUCUAGCAGAUUCGUUUGUCAAAGGCAACGUAUUCAUUGACCAAGCUCUUAAGAGAAUUUUCGAGGAUGAGGAAUUAAUGUUCAAUUACUCAAAGGAUAAAAAUUCAGCCGUCUAUAAAGCCUUCGUAUUUUACAAGUCCUGUACGAAUGAAAAUUACAUUAGCAAUGCUGGAAUGAAGCCAAUUCUUGAUGUGAUAGAAAAAUAUGGCUCGUGGAAGAUCACGAACAAAAACUGGAGUGAGGAUUCUUGGAUUCUUGAAAAAACUUUGGCAAGAAUGGAGGUCGAUCUUUCAACAGUUACAUUUAUAGGUGCUGCUGUAUUCCCAAAUAUUUUUGAUACCACUAAACCGAAUACUAUUAUUGUUGGAAAGGGAGGAACUUAUCAGAAUUUAGCUACUCUGAACAAAAUAGAUUCUCUUUACAAGUUUCCUCAAACCUUGCGGACUGUUCGGGAUGUCGAUGAUCAGACCCGGCGUCCCCUUACCGAUAGGUAUAAGACGUUUAUGUUGACUAUAUUCAAAUUGCUUGGAGCCGGCGACAACAUUCAAUUACAUAAUGACGUAGAAAGAAUUAUUCACUUGGAGCAAGACUUUAAUAAUGUUAGUAUGAAUAAUUACUGA